AAAACUUGAAAUACGGGUUUUCUGUCACCUGGUGGUUUCUUUCAAGAAGUAAAAAUUUUUAUCAGUUGUAAAAGUAGUUCUAAAUCGAAGUUUCGAAGCGUGUUUAAAAUUUCUUUUCCUUUGGAAAUUUAUUUACACAAUGGCUACCACAAACGUGGACUAUCGCGAUUUCUCGCUUGUUUUUAAAGCGUUCCAUCUAAAAGAAAAUGCUUUAAAUGGACUGAUUUGCCGUUGCGGGCUUGAAAAAAUGGACACUUUUUUAUCUAGAGAUGCUGAUUUUCGGGAAUUGCAUGAUCUUACGAGAGAUUCUUUUCAAAUAGAAACUAUAAUGGUACCAACAUGUGAUGAAGAUAUUUUAUCAAUUGAAAAGUUGAAAAAGAUUUUUCGCGAUAUGUCACCUUACAAGAGAUUGGUUUGGUGUGGUCGCCUUCUAACUGAAUUCCACGAAGAAAACCAAUGCAGUCGGUAUUUAUCGUUUGGUCUGAAGUUUUAUUUAAAAGCCAUUGAAAUCUACGAAAAGGCUCACCAUCUUUAUAAUAUCCUUCCUGCUGAUAUGAAAAUUAAAGAACUUUUAAGGCUUUCAUCUACAUUUCGUGUUCACCAGAGUGUAUUUCUCGAACUUUUGAGAUUGUUUAGCACAGAUGUAUAUUAUUUUAGAGCGUUUCCGAUUAUCGAUGAUGUUUUAUUGUUAGAAGAUAUAUUCAGAGCAGCAAACGAACGUAAAAUAGAUAUAUUGGUAUUAUGGAAAAAAUUAAACGGCGGAUACUACUACAAUUUAUUUACUUGUUUUGUUCAUAAAAACGUUGAAGCUUUUAUUCCAUUAAUCAAAUUUGGAAAGGCAGAGUGCAUAUCAAUAGAGAGUGGUAAAUGUUUGCUGUCAUUAUUGAGCGGUUGGCCUGUGUCAAUAACAUUGAAAUGGGACUAUAGAUACGACUCUACAACAUUCCGCUCACUGCAAAUUCUACGUUUGUUUCUUCAUGCAAAUUCCAAACACUCUGAACCAACUACAGGACCCUACGCACUGAAGUUAUUGUGGAAUAGUAUAACAGAACCAUUCCUGUGUCAGGAGGAGUUAAAAAAGAGUGUCAUAGCAAUCGAGUUCGAGCAUGAUCUAAAUGUUGUAAAUGCAGCAUGGGAUUGGUAUGCAAACCAUGUGCUGGAAAACGUCAUCUCACCCAGAGGACCAAGAUCUCUGGCCCAUCUUUCAAGGUGUUCCGCUCGUCGGCAACUGGCGACAUGCCUUCAACUUCCGUGUGGUGUUGACCAGCUUGAUGUUCCGAAGAUUCUGAAAGAUUAUAUUCUCUUGGAACAUUGAAAGCUUUCUACCAGUACAGAGCUGAAAAAGCUGUGUAAUUUCGAUAAAUAGAUUUCGCUAUAAUAAAUAAAUUGUAAUUGUUAAUUGCA